AUGGUCAAGAGAUUGAGCACCCUCCAACUGCAGUAUGUUGGCGAGCCAUUGUCCAAGAUCUACGAGAAGUGGUAUCCAAGCAUAGGUGGCAAGCCUGAAUUUGUUACAUUGAAGUCGGGUUGCAAAGCAUUUUGGAUGGGCGACUACAAGACCGCCAAGUAUAUCGUGGUCUACUACCAUGGUGGCGGCUUCUCCCUCGAUGGAGACGAUACCCAUCUCAAGUUCUGGCAUUCUGUCCAGACCGACCUCAACGACAGCAACAUUCCUGUUGCCUUCUUGUUCCUCGAGUACACACUUGUACCCCAUGCCACGUAUCCGACCCAGAUCAUUGAAGCCAUUGAAGCCGUCGAAUAUGUCUUGACUGGGCUCAAACGACCAGCAUCUGAUAUCAUCCUUGCUGGCGAUUCUGCUGGCGGCAACAUGUGCCUUGCAGUGUUGUCACAGAUCAUGCAUCCUUCGUCUCAAAUUCCGGAGCUCAAACUUGCGGAGGGUGACAAGCUGAAGGCGCUUGUUCUCGUCGCACCAUGGGUAUCUUUCAGAACCGACUGGCCCAGUGUGAAACUUAACGGAUACAAAGACCUUCUCGAUGACUAUGCCGGUCAGAAAUGGUCCCAAGACUAUCUUGCUGGCAAAGAAACCAGUCCCUAUGCCGAGGCAGUUCUUGCACCGGCCGAUUGGUGGAAGGAUCCCAAAGUUGAACAGUUGAUUGCCAUUGCUGGAGCGGACGAGGUAUUGAUUGAUCCGAUCAAUGCAUGGGUGGAGAAGUACAAGUCUGUCAACCCGGACACCAUCACUUAUGUGGUUGGAACACACGAAACACAUAUUGAACCUAUCAUCCAGUUGAGGUUCGGGAAUGCCCCGGAGACCGAAACAGGGAAGGCCAUCAAGGCAUGGAUGAAAGCAAAGCUCUGA